CUCACUCUCUCUAUCCUCUUUUUUAUCUUUCUUUAAAAUAAAUCUCUCUCAAUAAUCAAUUAAUCAAAGACGAGAGCAUAUGGCUCUAGACACUCUCAAUUCUCCAACCUCCACCACCACCACCACCGCUCCCUCUCCAUUCCUAACCGAGCCGGAUAAUCUUGAGUCCUGGACCAAAAGAAAACGCACCAAACGACACCGUACAGAUGAUCAAUCCCAUCCUCCCACAGAAGAAGAGUAUCUUGCUCUCUGCCUCCUCAUGCUUGCUCGUGGCUCCUCCUCUGAUGAUGAUCAUCACUCUCCUUCUCCUCCACCGUCUGAUCAUCACAACCACCGAGACUACAAGUGCUCCGUCUGUGGCAAAUCUUUCCCCUCUUACCAAGCGUUAGGUGGACACAAAACCAGUCACCGGAAACCGGUUAGUAAUAAUAAUAAUAACCAUGACGGUAAUAAUAACGGUUCGGUUACUAAUAACGGAAAUAUUAGUAACGGUUUGAUUGGUCAAAGUGGAAAGACUCAUAAGUGUUCCAUAUGUUUUAAGUCGUUUCCAUCUGGUCAAGCACUAGGCGGUCACAAACGGUGUCAUUAUGACGGUGGUAACGGUAAUAGCAACAUCAACGGUAACGGUAGUAACAGUCACGGGUUUGACCUUAACUUACCGGCCGAUCAAGUAUUUGAAGUCUCUUGCGAUGAGACACUUGGGAAAAGUCAACUCUCCGGCGAAGAAACAAAGUCGCCGUUGUGAAUUAUUUUUUAAUCUUUACUGAUAAGCUAGCUAGUGAUCAUCGAUCAUUAGCUGAUGAGUCUGUAAUGAAAAUGAUUGGAGUGGACUUUGGAUUAUUUUUAUUUCUUUUUUUUACGUAAAAAGUAUUGGGUAUGUUUGUUU